AUGCCCAAGGGAAGGGACAGGCUGUACAUCACCAGCUACAACCAGCACAAGCUCCUCACCCUGGCCAGGGAUGGCACACACCUGGCUACAUUCACAGACCCAGCACUACAUUGGCCAGCUGGUCUACAUGUGACCCCUGCAGGCCAGGUGCUGCUCUGUGGAUACUGGUCCGACACUGUACUACAGGUGGACAGAGAGGGGGAGAGUAAGCUGGCCACUCUGGCUACUCUGGAGGAUGGAGUGAUGUACCCAGUGUCCGUCUGCUACAGCAGCACCACUUCAUCCAUCAUUGUCGGACAGUUGGGGGACAACAUCCUGGUGUUCAAAGUGGAUGGCUGGUCAACCGUGGCUAACAAGGGUACCUUAUCCCAACAUCGAAAGGAGACACUGCCAGCUCAGCAGGUGAAGGAGCCAAAAGAGAGACCAUCUGGCACUCAAAAACCAGCAGCAUUAGUAACCAUGGAACCAACUGUAGAAAGUAGUUCAACAAAUGAAGAGUCAAUCAAGGAAGACAUUAGAAGAUUGUUGGAACAGCGUUAGUUUGCAAUGUUGCUUUUAAAAUAUGCUACUGACAUAAUGCCUGUCUAUAUAUAAUUUCA